AUGGAAAUAAAUAAUAAUAAUAAUAAUAUUUAUAAAUUAUAUAAAUUUGUUUUCAAUAAUUUAUAUAUAUCAACAAUAAUAUUUAAUUAUGUAAAAAUAUUUAAUCAACAAAUUACAAAUAGUAAUAGAAGUUUAAGAUCAUUUACACAAAGAGCAAAUUAUGAUCAAUCAACAUUGGAAUGGAUUUUAAAAAAUGAUCAUUAUCAAUUAUUAAUUGAUAAAUGUAAAUCAGGGUUUAAAUUUAAAUUCACAUUUUCAACAUUAAAAAGAGUAUUUGAAUUUUUUAGUGAAAAAACAAAUGAUGAAUUCAAUGGUGAACUUGGUGAAUCAUUUAAAAAAUUUUAUGAAGUAAAUGAAGUUGAAAUCAAAAAGAAUUCAGAUUUAUCAGAUAAUGAAACAUUAUUUAAAAAAAUCUCAUUACUUGAAUUAUCAGUUUACUCUCAAAGUUUUUACCUUUUAAAAAUGUUUACAAAUGAAGAAUUAAUUAAUAAACCUCAUUUAAAAAUCAAUACACUAAAGAAUGAAUUUAUUACUGAGAAGCCAUUUUCUAGUGGUUUCAUUGCACCGAGUUUAUUAGAUUUAGCAUUAAAGUUGGGCGAUAUCAAUAUAAUCAAAUUCUUACAUACUCAAUUAGAAAUUAAGAUUAGAGAACCUCAAAAAGCAUUACACUAUGCAUUAUUGUCAAAUAAUAGAUCAAUUGUAGUUCAAUAUCUUUUAGAUGAUUUAAAUUAUACACCACCUCAAACUUAUAAUGGUGCAUAUGAUAAUUAUUUUUUCAAUUUAAUGCAAUUGGAUUUCAAUAUUUUAAAAAGAGUUUAUUAUUUAGGUUCACCAUUAUUAUCUCAUGGUAAUGAUAUUCCAAGAUUAACUUCAAUUUUUAAUGAAACAUUUAAAAAAUCAACUGAAAUACCAUUUAAAAGAUAUCUUGAAUUCAUUCAAUCUUCAAUAUUUAUAGGAACUGUAAUUAAAUCACCAAAUUAUGUUGAAAGAAAUAGUUUACUUUUAAAAAAGAUAAAAUAUCUAAUCAAAUAUAAUAGUGAUAUAGUUAAUAAAAAGAAAAAAACAAAUAAUCAAUUAUAUCUUUCAUUAAAAGAAAAAGAUUUAAUUAAACCUAAUAAUAUUAAAAAUUUAAAUAAUAAAGAUACAAAAACUAAUGAUAAUAUUAAUAAUAGUAAUAGUAAUAAUAAUAAUAAUAAUAAUAAUAAUAAUAAUAAUAAUAAUAAUAAUAAUAAUAAUAAUAAUAAUAAUAAUAAUAAUAAUAAUAAUAAUAAUAAUAAAAAUAAUGAUGAUAAUAGUUUAUUUAAAAAAUUUAAAUUAAUUUUUGGAAGUUAUCAACAAUCAAUUGAAAAGAAACAAGAGGUUGAAAAAGUUGAAAUAAUUAAAAAAAAUCAAAUUUCAGAUGAUUUAGAUUGUAGACAGAUUGAUAAAAGAUAUGUUGAUGAAUUGGAUGAAAUUAAAUAUGAAAAUUUUGAUUUACAAAGAGAGGUUGAAAGAGUUUAUAUAUUUGGUUAUUUAGCAAAAGAUUCAUUAUGUAUAAUGAAUGAAAAUUUUAAAAUAUUUGCAGUGAAUUUUGCAAGAAAAUAUGAAGAAUAUAAUUUAAUUUAUAGAUGUAAUGAUAGUAGUAAAGUUGAUGGUGAUGAACAACAUUUUAAAACAACUUUAUUAAUUUGUGAUUUCUUUUGCGAUUAUAAAUUAUUAAAUUAUUUCAAUAGUAAUUUAAAAUCAAAACCAAAACAUGUCUUUAUCCCACUUGUAGAUACUAUUCGAUCUGAUGAAGAUAAUAUAACAUAUGAAUAUCUUUCAAAAAGUUUUUAUAAAAGAAAUGAUAAUAUUAGUAAUAUGGUUUUUAAAUUUUGUAAAGAAUUUUAUGAACCGAAAUCAUUUUUAUUUGAUUUAAAUGAAUUUGAAAAUGUUGAUCAACAAAUUCAAUUUUUAAAAACAAAAUCAAAAUCUGAAUUAAAAGGUAUUAUUAUAAUGGAAGUUUUAUUAAAACAUAUUUUUAAGCCAGACAAUAAACAAUUCAAUUUUCCAGAUCAUGCAAAUCAAAUAGCAUCAAUAAUAGAAGAUUAUUAUAAUAAUAAUAAUAAUAAUAAUAAUAGUAAUAUCAAUACAAAACCAACAGAAUUUGAAUUUGAAUUUAAAUUUUCUUCAGUAAUUUUAACAUCAAAUCCAAAACUAUUUAUUUACUAUUAUGAAAAUCAUAAAGAUUUAUUUGAAUGGGAUUCUCCUGUUAUUGGUAGAUCAAUUGUUUCAAAGGGUGAUUUAGAAUUAAUUAAAUAUAUUUUUAAAAAUAAUAUUGGUUAUUUAAAUUAUAUUGUUAUAAGUGAUAUUGAUUUUGGAUUUGAAUUUGAUGAUGCCAAAUAUAAUUAUAAUCAUAAUUAUAAUAAUAAUAAUAAUAAUGAAAAUAAUAAAAAUAAAAGUAAUCAACCAUUAUCAACAAUAUUGGAUUGUUGCAAAACAAAACAAGUUACACAACUAUUAUUAGAACUUGGAUUUAAAUUUUCAAUUAAUUCACUUUAUCAUUAUUAUUUCCUUGAUGAUUGGAAUUCAAAUUAUUUAUUCAAUUUUGCACUUAAUCAAUUGGCAAUGCUUGAUCAAGAAAUUGAACUUUGUUAUAAUUUUAAAGAUUAUAUUCACAAUAAAUUAAUUGAAUCAAAAAUUAUUGGAAUUUCAAGUGAUAAUAAUAAUAAUAAUAAUAAUAAUAAUAAUAACAAUAAUAAUAAUGGUAGAAUUUUAAAUCAUUCAAAAAUUAAAUUACCAGCAUAUUCAAGAGGAAUGUUUUCAUUAGCAAGUUUUAACGAUCCAAAAUUAUCCCAUGAAGAAGAGGUUUCUAAAUAUUUUAAAAAUUUAUUUAAUUUUAAUUUUGUUUUUGAAACUGGAAAUUACAAUAAUGUUUUAUCAUUUUUUAAUGAUUAUUCAAAUUCAAAUAAAUCUCAUAAAAAAAAUUAUUCUUUUGAAUAUUAUGACCUUAGUCAAAUUAAUAAUAUUCAUCCCAGUUUCCCAAUUGUAGAAUUAAUUGAAAAAAAAAUUAAAGAAGGAAUUAUUAUUAAAAAUAAUUAA